AUGCGAAUUUCUCAUCGCCUCUUGUGUUUCGCAACAAUCGCAACAUCAAUUCUCAUACACAAGCCUUCCAAGGUGGAGCCGUGGGCAUGCAACACCCGGAUCCCCAGGGUCUUCGAAGGCCCAUCUCGCGAAUGCCACUGCCCUUCACCGAUAUUCUCCACCAAACAUCUAGGAGAAGGCACAUCUGGCGUGGCGAGAAAGCUCUCCGAUACCGCCUCAGGCCAGAUUGUGGUAGUCAAGACACACGGCCUCCGUCACGAAGACGAGAGCGAAGAAGCCUACCUUGCCUUUAUACAAAACGAGUACAGAACUGCAUCUUCCCUCUGGCACCCCAACAUAGUAGAGACCUAUGACAUCUACCAAGACGAGCACGAGGCAUGGCAUCAGGUAAUGGAGCCUCUUGCAGUGCGGUUGGACAGACUUUUGGAAGUCACGGAAAAUGCUUCCUGGGAUAUCAUCGACUCCAUUUUCAGUCACAUUGUGCAAGGAAUCGCGCAUAUGCAUUCCCUUGAGAUUGCCCACAUGGAUAUCAAGGUCGAAAAUAUAGGGAUUAGUGCUGCGGGCGCGGUAAAAAUAUUUGAUUUUGGGAGCGCGCAUCCAAUACUCGGCGCCGGAGGUGUCCCGAACCUCGCCCAGGGAAUCCAUGGCACCCUACCAUAUCUCGCUCCCGAGAUUCUCAAAAACACACCAUAUAGCCCGGCUGCGGCAGACGUCUGGGCACUUGCCAUCCUGUACAUCCGCAUAUCCACUGGCCAAUUCCCCUGGGAGAAGGCCAGAUUGUGGGACACCUCUUUCCGCAUGUUUUGUCGUGAUGAUGCGGAGUUUAAACCCACAUCAGGCUUGAGGAGUAUUGGCGACUUGCCGGAUCUGCCAAUCGACAGCAAAUCGAUGCGAGGGCCGGCCAAUGUACUAGAAUUGCUUCCCAGGCACGUCCGCCCAAUGCUUGGGCGGAUGUUGGAUUUAGAUCCGGCAUCAAGACCAACUGUUGACGAACUCGUUUCACAAGGUUGGAUCAAAAACUCAAGGAAACCGACCAAAGCUGAGUUGACCCGGUGGGCAGAUGUGCCAGACAUAUCCGACAACAUAUCGGUCAGGCCAGAGCUAGUUUCAUAUGACUACUAG